GGUACAGCUGCCGCUGGCAGGGAGGUAGUCAAAAGCUAGAUGUGUUAUGUCUGAAUAACAAGUCUGACAAUCAGAGUGGGGAUAGGGAGAAUGAUAGGACCUAGAUUUAAAUAAGUGUGUUUACAGGAGCUCAAGGUCAACAGCAGCCUUGUUCCGUCUUAAUAUUAGCAGUCGCUACGUUGAGGAAACAUGGUAGACUAUAGAACAUUCUUUGUACGUUAUUAUAUCAAGCGCUGAGCUUUGGCUCAUCAAAGCUAAAUGCCGCAAGACCUAUCUAGUUGCUGUGAAUUAUGCCAAGACGACAAUGGAGUGCUUUUUAAUGGUACAAUGCAUUUCACCUACCAGAUAGGGGGAGUCAAAGCUAAAACAUGGGAAUGUCUUGUGAUGUUCUGUGAUCAGUAUCACUGAGCGCGUUUAUCCCGAAAGGGACAGAUUAAAUAAAAGACUCUUUCUCGGGAUGUGCGCGAUAGAGUUAGCAGAGCAAUCCUUAAAGGGCAAACGUGACACGCAGAGCCACUAUUUCCCCCUCAGUGCAAGAAAAUGAUCAAGUCAAUCAUGUGGACAUGCUUCAUUAUUCAUUGAACACAAUCUUUUACAACGCUUCAUUUACGUGCAGGAGUUUCUUCAAGGCUUUGCUGUUAAAAUUAAGGUUACCUGCUAAGACACAUCACCAUUGAGUUGUGGGACAAUCUAGGAUUUGAGUCUUGACAUAAUCACCGUCAGAACUAUUCUACUGUUGGCUGGCAAGACAUAUUAUUCAACCACGGGAAGUGGAACACCCCUCUCAACAACCUUUCAGUGCAAAGCUCAGCUAUUAAACUCUGUGGUGUUUGCCAACUAGCCAAACAGUCCUAAAACAAGUAUGCAGUUCAUUUACUAAGGAAUGGAGGAAGCAAGUUUGUGCCUUGGUGUAUCUUCAGCAGUGCCUGAAGCUGAUGUCCCACUCAGCAAACCAGUAUUGAAUGGCCAGUAUCCAAUAACCCAGAAACUGCAUCAGUUGACAACUCAACUGGGACAUGCCUUUCCAGAACUCCAGACCAGACAGACCCCUGAGGACAAAGCAGCAAUAUCACUGGAUGAAAAGCAUCAUGUGACUGCAGCUAACCAGCCAAUAAACAGCCAAAUGACCAUGCUGUCAAGUCAGCUGAAUACAGACAUUGACAGUAACUUGGGUCUGAAUGGGAGAGUUGACUUACAGCAUUUCUUAAACGGACAGAACCUUGGCAUAAUUUCACAGAUAAAUGGCACAGAAGAUGAUGCAAAAAAAUCUAGAAAGUACCCAUGCCCCAUUUGUGGUAAGCGCUUUCGGUUUAACAGCAUUUUGUCACUCCACAUGCGCACUCACACUGGAGAAAAACCAUUCAAAUGCCCUUACUGUGAUCACAGAGCAGCUCAGAAAGGUAACUUGAAGAUUCAUCUUCGGACUCACAAACUUGGGAAUCUUGGAAAAGGUCGUGGGAGGGUCAGAGAGGAAAAUAGGCUUCUGCAUGAGCUGGAAGAAAGGGCUAUCCUGAGGGAUAAACAGAUGAAAAGUGGCUUGGGCCAGCCAAGAGCCGAUGGGAAGCAGCAUCAAGCUGUUGUUAACCCCAGUAACUUGCCUUUACCAGCCAGUCUGAGUAGUUCUGAAGUUUCUAACACAAUAUGUAGUCCCAAGCCUACAAGUGCACAGGAAGAACCAGCAGCUGCUACUGUGGGAUUCAGGUGCACAUUUUGCAAGGGGAAGUUUAAGAAACGCGAGGAGCUAGACCGUCAUAUUCGGAUACUCCACAAACCUUACAAGUGCACCCUUUGUGAAUUUGCUGCCUCUCAAGAGGAAGACCUGAUCAGUCAUGUGGAGAAAGCACACAUAACUGCUGAAUCAGUGCCAGGUCAAGGGUCCAGUGGAAAUGGAGAGCAGCCCAGUAAUGAAUUCCGCUGUGAAGUCUGUGGUCAGAUCUUUAGCCAGGCCUGGUUCCUGAAAGGUCAUAUGCGAAAGCACAAGGACUCUUUUGAACAUAGCUGUCAGAUUUGUGGACGACGAUUCAAGGAGCCCUGGUUUCUCAAAAACCACAUGAAGGUGCAUCUUAACAAAUUAGCUGUAAAGAACACAACUCAGAGUGAUCCAGAGGUGCCUGUGACUCUAAAUAAUAUGGUGCAAGAUUCCCAUUCCAACGUCUAUUCAGCGUAUGUGUCUUGUUUACAGAGUGGUUUUUUAUCGCCUGAUAAACUGAGCUUAAAUGAACAAAGCCAACUUCAUUAUAAUAAAGCAGAAAUUGCACGGAAGGAGAAAGAAAUGCUUGGAAAGCUAUUAGUACCUGUGAGUAGCACAACCCGUGCUGUCAUGGAAGGGGAAAAACGUUCCUUACUGGGAUGUCUGUCACUGGCACCUCCUUUAAAGGCUAGCUGCAUGGAGCGUUUGCAAGCAGUAGCCAGGGUGGCAGAGUUUGAUCCAGUAAACAGCUACCAGGCUUGGCAGCUGGUGACAAGAGGAAUGGCAAUGGAGCAAGCAAUGCUGCCAAAGAAGCAUCUGCACCCUGGUCAGGAAGAAAAUCUGACCAAUGCCAGUGUCAACAUUGACAAAGAGAAAGGCGAAUUUGUAUCUGUGGCUGGAGAUAAAUCAAAGCAGAAACUAGAUGGUGACCUGAUUCAAAACACCAGAAGAAGUAACCUGAAUGAAGUUCUGGGUAAAGAUGAUUUAAUGGGAAACAGGGAAUUUAUGACACAAGGAAUGAAUCAAGGUCUGGAAUAUAAAAUUUCUGGAUUAGGACAGAACCAGGGAAAUAUGAAAGAAAAGCCAACUGAAUGCCCAGACUGUGGCAGAGUAUUUCGUACCUAUCAUCAAGUUGUUGUGCAUUCCAGAGUGCAUAAGAAAGCGAGGAAACCUGGAGAUGAAGCCAUCCAGGUUACUUUGGAUGAGCGCCGUGGAUCUGGAAGUGACCAAGAUUCCCAAUCAGUUAGCAGGUCAACUACACCAGGAUCAUCCAACAUAAAUGAGGAUAACACAACUGUAGGUGGCUUUUCCGUAACUGGAAAUACACAAGAAGAUAGUCCAAACCCAUCUUCUCCUUCUUCUUCAGAUGUAGGAGAGGAAGUGGGAAGGCCUGCAGGAAUACAACUGCCUUCUUUACUGAGAGAUCGAGCCCCUGGAUCAACCACGAGGGAUUGUCCUUACUGUGGGAAAUCGUUCAGAACAUCCCAUCAUCUGAAAGUUCACCUGCGAAUACAUACAGGAGAAAAGCCGUACAAGUGUCCUCAUUGUGACUAUGCUGGAACCCAGUCAGCAUCCCUGAAGUAUCACUUAGAACGCCACCACCGGGAGCGGCAGAAUGGAACAAGUCCUUUGUUGGGUCAGUCCCACACGCAUCAAGAACAUUCUGAAGAGACAGCAAACAAAAGCCAGGUUUUUAUUAGACCAGAAAUACUGAGAGGAGUAUCGAAAAGUGUGCCAGGAACUGACCUCAGGAGUGGCUUGGUCCCACAGCAGUGGCCUAUAGGAGUUCUUCCAUCUGCAGAGUGCCAUGGACUUGGAGCUGGUGUCACAGCAGAGCAUCAAUCUGAAAAUUUGAAAACUACUUCUGAAGUGUGUAGUGAAGAAACUCCCAGUCUUUCUGAUCUGAGUAGAGCUUUCCAGAGUCUAGCUGGAAAUGGAGUCAACUUUCAAGGGUCUUUGCAAGCUUUUAUUGAUACUUUUGGACUGAGAUCUUUGGAGAAAGAGAAAGAAAUGAUGGAAAGAGUCUAUAAUGAAACCACAAGUGCAAAACAGGCUAGCUCGAAACCAACACUUGAGAAACACACAAAGAAUGUAGGCUCGGACGAUUGUGAAGGAAGGGCUGAAGGUCAACCAUCUGCAGCAAAAGCGGUUGUCAAAUCGAGAUCAACUGCAGAAAAAUCCCAGUAUGAACCAUUGGAUUUAUCUGUGAGACCUCCUUCACGUGAUUCUGCCUCAAUCCCUGGUGCAACCAUUACCAUUCAGGAUAAUAUUACUUGGCAUGGGUGUCUAUUCUGUUCCUUCACAACUUCAUCAAUGGAGUUAAUGGUUCUUCACCUUCAAGCAAAUCACCUGGGAAAAUCAAAGCGGAAGGAAAAUCUUUUAGGAAUUGCUGGAAAUGGGAAUGAUCUUCAAGGUGAGCCUUCCUCUGUUGCAAAAAAAACCUGUCUGCCAGUUUCUCCUGUUGUUAAUAAGCAAGAUGUGACAGCUGCAAAGCCACUUGACAAGGCUGAUUCCUCCACCGAUAAGAUUUCACAACAUGGCCUAUCUAGUGAUUCUUUGGGAGAUCACAAGAAGCCUUUUGCUAACCCCUUGGACUCCAGCCUGAGUUCUUUAGUCACAGACUUUUACAAACAAUUCAAUAAAUAUUCAAAUGUUGGUGGUCCAGGAACACCUAUUUUGAGUACAGCUCAUGAAUCCGAAAUGAUAUGUCCACCUGCAAAUAAACUGAACCUUGCUUCAGCAGGAGCUGCAAGCAUGAGUCCUUCUGGUGAAGUUGGUAAUCAACCAUGCAGUGAUGACACAGGGUCUGUAAAUGAUCAAGAUGUGGAUGAUCAAGAUGCAUUAGCAGACAUAAACCAACCGUUAACCUCUGAUGAAGAAAGUUCUGACGAGGAAGAUCCAAUUCAUAGUGCAGCUCUUUCACAGAACCUUUUGAGCUCCAUGGGUAAACCUCAAGGUGGACCUUGGCACAAUUUAAAUCUUCUGCCAUCCCAUGAUAUUCCACCAGGACUGGUCAAACAGGAGCAUGUCCAUGACCAUCAGCUUCUGGACCAGCAGAUGAACAUGCUCUCUGUUCUGAGAGCUUACAGCACAGACAACAUGGCAGCUUUCAAUGGUAUUGGAAAUAGUUCAGUCAGCAGCAGCAACACUAAGAGAUCAGAUUUAUCAGGUUUGGGGAAGACACAAAGCAAGCACAAUGAGUUCCCAUGCAAGGAAUGUGGUAAAGUCUUUAACCAGCCCAGCCACCUUAGGACCCAUAUGAGGUCACAUACAGGUUAAAGACCCCUGUGCUGAACAAUUUCCUGGGCCCCUGGACAGGACGCAGCUCCUGCAAUGACAGUUUUUGAAUUUAGAAACUACAGACAAGCAUGUCACUGCAAAGAGCUCUGUGACUCAGUAGGAAAAUGAAAAUUGAGUACAACAUCACAGUCUUCUAAUUUAAAUGGCAAAUACAAAACUGAAGCCUGGACAAUGCCUGUUAUCAGUAGGAUGAUAAUGGCUUGUAAUUGUGGUUAACAGCAAAGUGGCGAACCAACAGUACUCGCCAUUAACCUCCAAAGAAAGCUACGCAAACAGAUCUAGCUCUCUGUGUGACAAGAACUAUACCUUUCUCUUGAUGUGCAGUUGCUUGUAGCUGAAUUUAAUGGGGAUUCCAAACUUGGAGCUGCAGUGAUGUCACUAAGCUGUACGAGGAGCCAAUCAAAUUAACAAUUUUUCGGUUAACCAACUAGGAAAUGAAAAGCACUAACACUCCAAUCACACAUUUAUGCAUUUUACUCAUAACAAAAAUAAAGAUUGGCACAUACAAACUGAGUUAAGCCAGUUUGAAAUAGCAUGAAGAGACUUUAAAAUUAAAACAAAGAUGACGAGUUUUAAAACUCCAGUAAAAAUUCAUACAGGACACUACAUUCCACAAUUUUUUCAGGGUCAAAUCAGUUGCUCAGCUAUAUUUAUUGGUAAGGUUAUUGUUUUAAGAAAUGCACCUCAUUGAGCAAAGCUUGGCUUUCUCAGUACCUAACAAAAGUUUGUAACACUUAAAAAGGGGAAUGUUUUCACCAGAUCGAUUGAUUUCACUGAUAGCCAGUUGUGUUCAGGGUAGGGAGUGAUGUAUGAUUAGUAAAUGACAGAUGGCAACUUCAGGAUUCUCACAUUCAUUUAUACUUGUGCUUCCUACCAUCACGGUCAGACUCUGAGGUGUAAGUAUGGUGAACCCUGCUAACGCACCAUCACAAACCCUGCAAUUUCUGGUCCUUUUGUUAAAUUUCAUUUAUAUUUUUGUAACAUUUUAUAGUCCAACUGAGUCACAAAGCUAAAACCUAUACAAUAAAAUCAAAAAUAUAUUUGUUAUCAAACUGUGAAUGCGUAAGCUGUAAAGUCCUGGGGUUGUCCCUGCACCUGAAUAACUCAUAUCAAUGAAAAACAAUGUGGAAUAUUAUAAUUUUAUCAAUCACACCAUCCAUUCAGCCCUGUAGUAUUAAAGGCUGCUUACUGCUGUGUGUAUUUUAGUGCAUACAUCAAUGUUCUAAUUGAAUGCAAUGGUAACAUGGUGCUUAGAAUCCAGAUAGUGCUCUUUGAACAGGUGCACAUCUGAUGCAAGACUGGUGUGAUUUCUCUAUGUACAAUAAUAGACAUAACAUUUUUUGUGAAUUUAAAAGGAUAGAACACAGUUGCUGGUAAUGCCUUAUAACUAUAGCAGAAUACCUAACACUAAAAGAUAUAAAAAAUGUAUUUUUCCCACAAUUUAAGUCUCUUUAAGUGUGCUAAAGUUCAAGGGUAUUGUAUUCUUUUCAAAAUACACAAUCAGGCCUCUAAACUCCUUAUCAGCAGUUUGGAAUACACCAGCCUGAAGUUUCACAAGCUAAAUGCCUGAUUACUGUUGUGAUUUGUGAAGGAUGUGCCUGUACUUUGAAAGACAUCGACAGUUGCUUUUUCUCUGGUCUGAAUGGCACAUCAACUGAAAAAUCCGCUCAAAUGAAGUCUUAUUAAUACUUUUGGUAACUGCUAUGAAAAUUGAACCAGCAUCUGUUUCUUGGAAUUUUAAAUCUUGAAACCAGUUACUGUAUAUGUGUUUGAGCUAACUUCUAUUCCCAGUAACCUGUAAUGAGUAAGUGGAAAACUUUCAUAAUUAUAAAAUCAGAGCUUCCUACUAUAUAAACCUAGUCAAUAAAAUGUGUGGAAAUUAAAGCCAUAUUUUCCUCCAGAUUUCUGUUAAACACUUGCCAUUUGUCAAUACGGUAUAUUUGUAAUUGAUUCCCAGUUUUUAUCAGUGUAAUUCUCCAUUAUGUAUUAAUUAACCUGUGUGCUUAGCAACCUGAGUAUCCAUUCAGAAGGGUCUAAGAUUGGCUGCCACCCAUUGCCUGGACAGUGUAUCAGUACCAGUCUGAGGCAGCUAAUUAAACUGGAAAACAUCUUGCCUGGACCUUCAGCAAGCUGUAGUCAGUGUCUAGUAGCUUUUUUUUUAAAAAAAGGAUUAUUUGUAGUUUGUAAAGGAACAUUUUAAAAUAGAAUUUCUAUUUGUUGGUAUGUGAAGAAUAACAACCAUUAGCAGUUGCUUACUUUUCCCUGUGUUCACCUUGAGAGAGAAUAUGGCUUUAAAGAACAGCAGGGGAGAAGUUCAACUUGCAUGUUUUCCAGUGUAAAAUAAGCUGCACAAAACCAAAACCAAAUUCUGCAUUGGCCUGCAUUUGAAUAAAACAUGUAAACUAUGGGGAUGUCCUGAUCCAGAUUCCCAUCAGCUCCUGAGCCAACUAGCAGGAAGAUCCUGUGAACACUUCCACUCCUACUGAUCCUGCAGAAAUGCAGCUUUUCAAAACUUUUGUGUCCAUUUUUUUGAGCAGCCUCCAGGAGUCCUUUUAAAGUCCAUUGGUUUGACUGUCUUAAAACCUGGUGCUCUAGGGCAAUCUUUGUCUGGUGCAACCUCAUCUAUUUCGAUUUCAAUUUUACAUUGGGGACCAACAAAUAUUGUAAAGUUGCCUAACGUCUAUUGCAAAUGGGAGUUCUGAACAUUUAUAAACUGCCUACUUCCGAUACUUUGACCCACUUGCUUCCAGGCGAGAUCAGCUCUGUAAUGUUGCUACCUAAAAUGUGCAGUCCCAGAAACUAUUUUAUAGCUAAAACAGGAUAAAGGUAAAUUGAAUUUCUCCCCCAAUAUGUGUUUCAUGUGUUUAGAAGGUAACAAAACCAGAACAAGUUUCUUUUAUAAAAUUGUUGAAAAUUAGUAUGGUAUGUAGGUUAAAGCUGAAUAAUGUAUUAAAAAUAUUUG